CACUACAGUUUACAAAUAUGUCGACUUUAUAACAUGAGGUGGACCAAAUGGCUAACCUGUUUGAUAUAACGUUAUUAUGUUCCCCUUUAUACGUUUCGCGCCAUGUCACAUGCGCUUUACUCUUCAUCUCUUUGGCUCAAACUCAAAACGUUGUCGUUUUCCAGCCGUCAUAUCUCACUGCAACUGGACCAACGGUCACUGCAUUUCUGCUCGGAAACACGUCAGACAUCUCUCUGAAUCUGAGGACAGCAUCUCCUUCUAACACAACAGGAAGCAUUGAUUCUCCAUCAUGUGUAGCAGAGCUAACACAGUGGGUGCUCACAAGGGAACAGGUUGGAAAGACUGCAGUUCGGAUUCAGCUGAGACUGGAUAAAAGUCUGCAUUUGUGUGGUGAGAAUGAGACGGACACAGACUGCUGUCCAAAGCCACUGUGUGUCCUGGAGACCCUUCAGGUGUCUGCAUGUGUGGGCGGCACACCUCAGGCAUCACUGUUGAUCCAGGCCAGAAUACACGCCCUGUUGGUUCCUGCUAAUACCGGAUCUGAUAAUAAAACAGUAAUUCCAAACCAAGUGUACCAACCACUGGGCUCCUGUCCCUGUGACCUCACACUCAGAUCAUGUGAUGUACGCUGCUGCUGUGACAAGGACUGUUCCACUGAAGAUUUGGAGCUGUUUGUGUCUGACUGUCUCCCAGGGCCCUUUGGUGGACAGGUCUCUCCUGCUCCAGAUUAUCAGUGCUCUGUGCAGUCCUCUGAAAACUCUCCAGAUUGGUUUCCAUUUUUAUGUGUCAAUUCUCCAGCUGAAAACAACCCCUACCUUGGACUCUUUUACCAGGGAAAUGCAAUCACACCUAAACCUGGCCCAUCCUUCCAAAGUCCUGUGUUGUCAGCACCAGUGCCAGUUAAUGUUUAUAUUCAAGGAAGUCCCAUUUUCACAUUAAAUGACCAGUACUUCACUAUUCCUCAGAAGGUGCUUGGGCAGUGUGUAAACAAUGCUCCUGUAGCAUUUUUGAAAAAUUUUGAAGUAGAGUGUGCAACUGUGUUACGCUCCUGUCCAACAGGACCUCCCUUACAGACACUCCCAACAGAUUUAAGGAUAAAAGUGAAGAAUGGGCAAGGGGGUGAAGUAAUGGUGGAUGUAAUUGAUGAAGUGGCCACUGAUCUGAGUCAGUUUGUUUCAAGCACAGAUUCAGACGAGGGUCUGGUUUGUGAGAAUGUGACCUUAGCGCUGGAUUAUCAAUUCUACUGGAAAGGAAACGGCAUCACAAGUAUCACACUGACUCGCACUGUUGGGACCAUCACUUUAAAUAGUAUUGUGGCGUUAACUACAAAGUAUUCUGCCGUUUUUCUAAAUGGCGAAUUCAUGGCUGAGCCCAACUCAGGGAAUCCAGGAUAUCAGGUGGGAAGGCCUGUUAUUGCUGGAUUUGUGGACACGUUGGACAAUGAUACUGACUCUGUACAGAGGACAUCACUCAAUCUUUGGAAGCCAGUGAGUAAUGGCCACUGUUCCACUGCUGAGACAAAACCAGUUCUGUUUGGGGAGAAUUCAACAUCAGGAUGCCUGCUCGCCAUCAGCCAACAGAAUCUGACUCAGUGUGAUCUCCUGAGGGAGACUGUAAGUUCUCUCCAGGCUGAUUUAAUUACGGCCACACUUGUGGCAAAGAGUGGAAACCCAGAUCCUCUAACUAUGACAGAGUGGGUGAACAUAAGCUUUGUGACACUGAACUCAAGCACAACGAUGGAAGACACCACAAGUUCAUGCCAUGGGGUUCCAUCUCACCAGCAUAUCCAUGUUUGGAGUCUUAUCACUGGUAUAGUGGAAGGUGUUCCUCAAAGAGAAAUCCAGGCUUUGCAAGUCAGCUCCAGCUUGUCCCACUGGGCCCUGGAUUGUGGAGGAGGUGAUGUCUCUCCAUGUGUGGACCCAAUGGAGUCUCAGUUGUUCCCCAUCACAUCCUCGGUCACCUUUAUUGACAUUCCUGUCGACACAGGACCACCAAAAACCAGGUUUCAAAUCAACUUCACAGAGUAUGACUGCAACAGGAAUGAUGUAUGUUGGCCUGAGCUCGCCUUCCCCAUCACCAAGUAUUACACAGGUGAGCCAUAUUCUCAGUCACUGGCUAAGGGCCUUAUCUUAGUCUUCUUCUUUAUUGCUGCCUCAAUUCUUGGGACUCCGUGGAGACAAAUCCGACAGGCGUGGAAAUAAUGCGGCUCUGAAAAGCUCUGAGAAAAUGCUGAGAAAGACACAGAUGGAGGGAUAAUGGUAGAGGGAGACGCUAAAGAAGAUGAUGUAUUUAUUGUAACUUAAUUGUAAAUGCUGAUUUUUCCACUAGACAUUGUACAUAUUUAUAUAGUUUUUACAUGUUUGUAAUGUUUAUGGCAAUGUAAAAAGUUGUAUUGGUGCAACAUUCUGGAAUAAACUUAUUUUUUAUCUA